UCAAACGAUGGAAACUCAAGUGUUCGAAACAAACACAAAGUCCAGAUUUAAACGAAUUUGUGUGUUCUGUGGUAGCAGCCCCGGCAAGAACCCGAGCUAUCAACUCGGCGCUCUUCAACUAGCUCAACAACUGGUGGAAAGAAACAUUGACUUGGUUUAUGGAGGAGGCAGCAUCGGCCUGAUGGGUUUAGUCUCCCAAGCUGUGCAUGAUGGCGGUUGCCACGUGUUAGGUGUGAUUCCAAGGACGCUGAUGUUAAGAGAGCUGACCGGAGAAACUGUGGGAGAAGUGAGGCCUGUGUCGGGCAUGCACCAACGAAAAGCAGAGAUGGCUAAGCAAGCGGACGCAUUCAUUGCCCUACCAGGUGGGUAUGGCACUUUAGAGGAGCUUCUGGAGGUCAUAACUUGGGCUCAACUUGGAAUCCACCACAAACCCGUGGGGCUGUUGAACGUGGAUGGCUAUUACAAUGCGCUUCUUUCGUUCAUUGACAAAGCCGUGGCAGAAGGUUUUAUCACCCCAGCUGCCCGUAACAUUAUUGUUUCCGCCCAGACUGCCCACGAACUCAUGUGCAAGCUUGAGGAUUACAAACCAAAGCACUGCGGAGUUGCCGGCUGGUAUGAUCGAUAGAUGGACAAACAAAUGGGUUUCAUAUCAAAAUGGGAUAUUGCCAGCUGACUUAGUCUCAUUUAUUUCGACACUCGAAAGAAUAAAAAAAUAAAAAGAAAGAAACAAAAUUCUGUUUGUGCUUUGUGCUUUUGACACCAGAGUAGUUGUUUCUAGUUGGCUGUAUUAGGAUUUGUGUAGAAAUAUGUCUUAUCAAUCAAAACUUCUUGAAUCGUGUUUUGAUUGGAUCGACUAUGUAUGUAUGGAUCAUUAGCAAGAAAUCGUUGAUUUUU